AUGGAUAACAAAGUGAUCAGUUUAGUCUUUCUCGUGUUGUUAUGUUUUCAAACGGUAGUCCAGUCGAUACUUGGCCGUUAUUCCAGAGGUGUUUUAAAAGAGACUUACUCGAUUCCUUCGACUAUAGUCUUUAACGAGGUACUCAAAUUUAUCAUAUGUUUGGUCAUGUUGAAGUUUGUGCAUCACAAAGAAAACCUGUUCUUCCAUGUUAUCCAUUUGAUCAAAACGUCAUUAGUUGCCUCAGUUCCCGGUUUCAUCUAUUUCAUUCAAAACAUGUUACUCUACAUUAUAUUACAAAACACACAAGCUGCUGUAUAUACUGUUAUCAUUCAAUUGAAAGUGUUCACCACUGCAAUAUUCUCAAUCCUAUUCUUAGGACGGACCGUCACUUUAACACAGUGGCGCGCACUUACUCUCUUAGUUAUAGGUGUUGUUCUUGUUGAAGUAUCGGCAAACAGAUAUUCAGGAAAGAAUGAUUCAACAGAGAACAAUAUGUUAGGUAUUAUAUUAAGUCUUGUGAUGUGUUGUUGCUCUGGCUUUAGUGGGGUGUAUAUGGAGAAGAUCUUAAAGAACAAGACGGAGACUGAAACAGAGAAGUUAAAUAUCUGGGAGAGGAACAUUCAACUCAGUGUGUAUGGCGCUUCCUUUGCUCUCCUUUCUACUUUCAUUUUCGACUUUGCCAAAGUCAUGAAAGACGGAUACUUUGGCGGGUGGAGUUAUGUCACUUUGAUACUCAUAGUCAUCCAAGGCGUUGGGGGAAUCUUUGUUGCAUUAGUGAUGACUUACGCUGACAACAUCGUGAAAGGGUUUUCAAUUGGGUGUGCUAUUGUGCUGACUACUAUAUGCUCCAUUUUCAUAUUCGACGCUCAAAUCGACUUGACGUUCGCUAUAGGUGCCGCGUUCGUUAUUCUUUCUAUUGCUAAUUACAACGACAAGUACGCAAAACCAGAGGCGUAA